AUGGAGACCCUGCUCGCAACGGCUAACGAGAAGAUAGUUUUGUUGGAACGCGAGCUCUUGAACGAGCAGAAUAAAACGGAGCUGUUGGAGAUUGGGGCAACAGCGAAAGAUAACAAGACCGAAUCUCUAAUAUGCGAGGUGCACAGGUUUGUGGAAGGAGAGGCACAUACUUCAGGGGAAGUGAAAGAAUUGCGAAGGGAAAUGGCUACCGCAAAUGCCAAGAUAGACAGACUUCAGGAGGACAAUUGCCUGAAGGAGAAACGCCUCUCAGAGGCGGAAAGACGACUGGAACACCUGGCUAACAAGUUCGAAGAGAGGAGCGCAGCGGCAGCGGCAGAAGAGAAGCUGGAGGUGGAGGGACAGGGAGAGAGGCAUUCGCAAGGAACGCAACUUUGUGAGGAAAUAGAGAAUUUGAAACGACAAACGUUUGAGGAACUCAAUCAUCCAAAGAGAUGCAUAAAAGAGGCCUCUGAGGAAAAGCUAGGAAUGAGUGCCAUGCUUCACCAAAGUCUCCUCAGAACGGAAUUCGUCAUCGAGUUAGGAAAAUUCAAGGAACAACUGAGCAAAGGAAAGGAAAGGCGAACUCAAUUCACAAAGAAGCUGUGCCUUAGGAAGAAAUCUAAAACCACAGGAUGCGUGGAAACGCUGGUGAACGAAGACCUGAGACAACUGAGGAGCUCCGAAGAAAUAGAUAGUUUAAACAGAAUCACAGAAUGCCUCCAUGGCAAAGACUCAGAAGAGGAUCUAGGGUCAAAGGACUGGCAUAUGCAGAGUUUAAGUGAAGCGAUUGAUCACCUCGUGAAACUGCUGAGCCAAGAGGAAAACAAAGACAGGGCAGCUGCGGCGGAAAUGGUUGCCGACCUACGAAAACAAAAGAGGCUCCUGGGUUUCACGAAGAAAGCCAUGGCUAUGAAAGCACAUAUUGAUACUCACAUCUAUGUCCUCAAUAGAGCUCGAGGAAAGGACGUCCAAACCCAGAUGGAAAAGAUUCUCGAUUGUGUGUGUCAAUCAAAACCUGGCACUGAGGACAUCAAUAUUCGGAAGGACAAUGCCCUACCAACUAUCCAGGAGGAAGAAGUCCUCCUUGAUCCAAAAUACACAACAGAAGAGCUUAUUUCCACUCAGGAGUGGAUACCCGUACCAGGGGAACCUUUCGCCAUUCCAGAAGACCUUGUUUCCACUACUCAGGCUGGCCCAGUUGUUCCAGAAGAGUCCUGUCCCACUCCUCAGGCCGCCCCAAUUGUUCAAGAAGAGCUGCCCAUGACGAAAGAAAGGGAUGCCUUCCAUGUAGAGGGAGCAGCUUUCAGUGGGGAUGAACAAACACUCCAUAAUGAAAGAGAAGCCCUUAAUAUGGAGAGGUUGGCCCAUAUUAGGGAGAAAGAAGCCUUUGCUGCAGAAAGAGAAGCCUUCUACAGACACAAAGAAGAAUUUGAUGAUGACAAGGAUGCCUUCCUAAGAGAGGUGGCAAAUUUCUACAAGGAAAAGGAAGAAUUAGGGAGAAUCACUACAAAAAUAGAAAACAUGGCAGAAUUUUGCAAGGAUAAACAGGAAACAUUAGACAGAAUAGAACGGGAACUCGUUCAGAAAACGAUAUGCUUCGAAGAAAUGAAAGCAGACUUUGUUCAAGAGAGAGAAGAAUUUCAAAAAGAAAAAGAAGUUAUUAAAGAAAAAGAACAGGAGACCAUUUAUUGUAUAGAGACGCUAGAAAACAUCAUGAGAGAAUUGCAGGGAGGAAAGUAUUUGAAUUUGAAUAUGACAAACAAGAGGGAAGUCCAUAUGCAAAAGAAGAUUGACGAACUUGAAAAGAUCAUUCAACAAAAACACGAAUUAUUGAUGAAAAGUGAGAUAAUAAAAUGUGACCUUUUACAGGUACUUUUCAAUACAGGCUUAAUUAAUGAAAACACUGUGCAAGAAAUGUUGAAUGAUACGAAAAAUCUAUUCCCAAUACAAUAA